ACGCGUUACAUGCGCCAGCUCCCAAAGCUCGAGCUCCACGCGCACCUCAACGGGUGCGUUCGGGAUUCCACCCUGCUCGACCGCGCGGAGGCGACGGCGGCGGACGUGCGCGCGUUGCUCGCCAAGCCCGACGGCAAGGGACGGCCGCUCCAGCGAUGCUUCGACCUCUUUGCCGCCAUCCACGACCUCUGCACCGACCACGAGUCCCUGCGCAGGAUCGCCGCGGAGGCGACGAUGGACUUCGCGAGGGACGGCGUGGUGUACCUGGAGCUGCGAACCACGCCCAAGUGCGUCCCGCGCAGGAACGUGACCAAGGCUUCGUACUGCGCCGCGGGGGAAACGUGCUCGUCGUCCAAUUCGUCGUCCAACGCAUCGUCGUUUGAAUCGUUCGCCAUCUGCGCCAGGCUCAUACUGAGCGUCGACCGGCGGGAGACGCCGGAGGAGGCUGUCAAGACGGUGAAGCUCGCGGCGUUUCUGAGGGACGUGGGUUUAGAUGUGUGCGGCGUCGACCUCUCCGGAAACCCCGCACUGGGGCACUGGAAGUCGUUCGAACCCGCGCUGCGCCUGGCGCGCCACCUGAAGCUUCCGGUGACGCUGCACUGCGGGGAGAUCCACGGGACGGGCGCGGAGGAGGCGGCGAUGAUCGCGUUCGCGCCCGAGCGGUUCGGGCAUUGCGUGCAAACGUCUCGCGACCCCGAGCGUUGGCUCGCGCUUCGCCGAUCGGAGAUUCCCAUCGAGAUUUGCGUCUCCAGCAACGUCGUCACCGACAGCGUCCCGCACGACGAAAAUUGCGACGGCGGGUGGGUGAGCCGAGCCCGAAGGCACCACGUCGGGCAAGUGCACGCCGUCGGCCAUCCUUCAAUCGUAUGCACCGACGAUCCCGGAGUCUUCGAGACGACGCUCUCGCGCGAGUACGCCCUGUGCGCCGUGGCGUUCGACCUGAGCGACGACGACGUGAGGGAGCUGGUGACCGCCUCGGUGCGGCACGCGUUCAUGA